AUGGCCGCUGCGCAGAUCGUCACGGGCGUCGUCCCGUCGCGCCACCCACUCCCUCACCUCGAGUCUCCGCGAUGUCCCCCGCGCUCCUGUCCCCUCCCGCGCAGUGCUUGCCUUUGUUCCAGGAAUAGCUCCAGGUUCCCGCUGCUGCGGCUGGGCCUCGCCCUGGAGCCCGCCGCCGCUCUCUCCGGCCAGCCGGCCCCUCCCACGCACUCUUGGACUCCGUGCUGCACUCCAGCUGCAAGCUGGGCCCCUGUUACACAUGGGACACACCACCCGCAGCUCGGCCGCAGCUAA